ACAGAGCUGCAGUGAAGAUGAUCGACACUCAGCAGAAGGUGAAGUUGGCCGACCUGCAGAUCGAUCAGCUGACUCGGCUUCAGAAACAUGCUAAGUUAACUCACACUGAGAUCACCACGCUACCUGACAACACGCGACUGUACGAGGGAGUCGGACGCAUGUUCAUCUUGCAGUCAAAGGAGGAAAUCAACAAUCAGCUGACAGACAAACAGAAAACAGCUGACGAGAAAAUAAAAGAACUGGAGCAGAAGAAGGUGUACCUUGAACGCAGCGUGAAGGAAGCAGAAGACAACAUCAGAGAAAUGCUGCUGUCCAGGAGAGCCCAAUGAUGACUCAGCAAUAGCACGGAGACACACACACACCACACACACCUGUCAGAUAUGAUCAACAAUCUGUAACCUGUAUUUGUUUGUUCUUAUUAAAAUGUGGAAGCUUCA